AUGCCCCACGACACAUUUGACGAGGUCCUCGGUCUUGAAGAAGAAUUCUACAAUGAUGGCUACAAAGAUGGUCUCGCGGACGGCAUCGCAGCAGGCCGGAUCGAGGGGCGAAAAUUCGGACUUGAAAAGGGCUUUGAGAAAUAUGUCGAGAGUGGAAGGUUAUAUGGGAAAUCACUGAUCUGGGCAAAUCGUCUUCCUCAACUCAAGCCCGUGUCAAAACCCCCUUCCAAAGUCUCUGAAUCAGAUUCUUUGCAGAACCCAGAGAUUGUUGAGAAGGGAAAUGAGGAGGUGAUGUUGAGUCUACCACCAUUGCAGAAUAACCAGAGAUUGGUUAAGCAUGUGAAAGUUCUGCAUGCCUUGGCUGAAUCGGAGAGUCUGUCCACAGAGAACUCUGAGGAUGCGGUUGCGGAUUUUGAUGAUCGGUUUAAGAGGGCGUUGGCUAAGGCUAAGAUUAUUGAGAGGAUGGUGGGGGAGGGGAUGCCGAAGGAUGGGGAGGAAAGUGGGAAGGUGGCCCCGAGGAAUGAUGAGAAUAUUGAGGAUGCUAGUACGGGGAAGCUUAUUGCUUGA